GGAAAAGAAGCCACCGGCCCGCUUCCAAAGCCCACUUUGUUCGGGGCGGAAAGAGAAGGGUUAACCGGGGGAAAAGAAGCCACCGGCCCGCUUCCAAAGCCCACUUUGUUCGGGGCGGAAAGAGAAGGGUUAACCGGGGAAAAAGAAGCCACCGGCCCGCUUCCAAAGCCCACUUUUAACAAGCUGCCCCGACACGCGUGUACAAGCCAUAACCCUUCACUCGGUCCACGGCUCGGGAGUGGAGCUUCUUCUCCCCCGCCGUCGCGUCUUCCUCGUCGGACAUGCGAGGAUGUCCUGGCCGCUAAGGAGCACCAGAGGUCAGCGAGACGGAUCGAUGCUGUUACCCGGGAUAAAGUAGAGCAAGAACGGCCACACUCGCCUCGCCUACUCGGUCUCUCCGACCCCGAAGACUCAGGAUGUGGAAAACCAAAAUCACUCGGAUGGUUUUUGCUUUAAGUCUCGGAUGCUUCGUCGUGGUCAUCUUGUACUGUAACAGCAAUGUCAGAACAGCUUCGGAGCAAACCGGGGAAGGAGGCAUGAGGCAGAAGCCCAGGAGGAGUCCUCUGCAGACACUUUAUGAUGGUGACCAGGCUGAGUCAGCAGUCCAGGCCAUCCAUCAGGGCAGGCGGGAGCUGCUAGAAGAGGCCUGUCGCGCCUACACCAGAAAACGUCGAGUCCUGAUCCAGGAGGACCUGAAGCACGUCAUCGUGGACGACCAGCACGGCCUGCUGUACUGCUACGUGCCCAAGGUGGCGUGCACCAACUGGAAGCGGGUCCUCAUGGUCCUGACGGGCGCCGGGGGAUCUCGCCGGGACCCGUUGGCGAUACCGGCGAACGAGGCGCACGUCUCCGGGAAUCUCCGCACCCUGUCCGAGUACUCGGCCUCCCAGAUCAACCAGCGGCUGCGCUCCUACUUGAAGUUCGUGUUCGUGCGCGAGCCCUUCGAGCGGCUGGUGUCGGCGUACCGCAACAAAUUCACGCGGAGCUACAACACCGCCUUCCACAAACGCUACGGCACCAAGAUAGUGCGGCGACACAGAGCUCACCCGCGGCCGGAAGCUCUGGCGAACGGCGACGACGUCUCCUUCGCCGAGUUCGUGUACUACCUGGUGGACGAGGCCACCCAGGCGGAGGAGCCCUUCAAUGAGCACUGGGAGAGGGUGCACUCGCUGUGCCACCCCUGCUUCAUCCACUACGACGUGGUGGGCAAGUACGAGACGCUGGAGCAGGACUCGGACUACGUGCUGCGGCUGGCCGGGGUGGAGGACGAGGUCAGCUUCCCGGCCUCGUCCAAAAGCACCAGGACUACGGGAGACAUGGCGGCACAGUUCUUCCACAACAUCAGCCCUUUCUACCAGAAGAAGCUGUUCAACCUCUUCCGCAUGGACUUCCUGUUAUUUAACUACUCUGUGCCAGCGUACCUCAACUUUUGAGACUUGGAGUUGUUCUUCCACAGGAUAAGUCUACAAAACAUCACGGUACGUACGAUCAGGGCCUCAGCUUUUUACCUGAGAUGUCCGAUAAUGGCUUUUUUUGGCCCAUAUUCCGAUAUUGUCCAACUCUUAAUUACCGAUACUGAUAUACAGGGGGGCCAAAAAGUAUUUAGUCAGCCAGCGAUUGUGCAAGUUCUCCCACUUCAAAUGAUGACAGAGGUCUGUCAUUUUCAUCAUAGGUACACUUCAACUGUGACAGACAGAAUGUGGGAAACAAAUCCAGGAAUUCACAUUGUAGGAAUUUUAAAGAAUUUAUUUGUAAAUAUGGUGGAAAAUAAGUAUUUGGUCACUUCAAACAAGGAAGAUCUCUGGCUCUCACAGACCUGUAUCAAUCAAUCAAUCAAUCAAUCAAUCAAUCAAUCAAUGUUUAUUUAUAUAGCCCCAAAUCACAAAUGUCUCAAAGGACUGCACAAACCAUUACGACUACAACAUCCUCGGAAGAACCCACAAAAG